UCCCUUUUAACCCCCCAUUCCCUUCUUUUUUUAUUCUGGCUCUCCCAACCAUGGAAGCUUUUAGCUUGCUAAGGUACUGGAGGAGUAAUGCUGCCGCUGAUGCCAAUGGAAAUGCUGAUGUUAGGACUUCCACCGCUUCCGCCACCGCCACAGCCACAGCCACAGCCACAGCCACCGCCACCAGUACCACCAUCGUAACGGCAGUCAGCACCCAAACGUCGGAAACAGGAGAUGACGAAGAUGACGACAAUGAUCACGGCCCCUUUUUUGAUUUGGAGUUUAGUUUACCGGAAGAAGGAGAGGAAGGAGGAGGUGAAGAGCAUGCGAAGGAUGGUGAAACUGGAAACGGUGCUGAGUAUGGGGAGGAAGAUGAAGAAGAUUCUGAUGGAUCUGACGAGCUGGAAGAUGAAAGGGAGUUGAAGUUCACGCUCUUGUCUGGUUCCAGCGGUGAUAGUACGACGGAUGCGAAUGUUUCAGUCUCUCCCUCCGACGAUUUGUUCUUCAAAGGCAGCUUUGUUCCGGUUGACCAGACGACGGCAACUAAUUCAAAGCCACCGCAGUUUCGUGUUUCGUUGAUGAAAUCGGCGACAAAGUUUCGAGUCAUGAUGUUGAAGUUUAAGAAAUCGAAAAAUGCGGAAUCUGUUGAAGGUACGGAGUCCAACGCAUCUGGUUCUUCAAAUUCGAAGGAUGAGCAGAAGAAAGAGGACGACGGAGAGAAGGCGGAGCAGAAAGGAGAGAGUGAAGAUUCCGGCAAGUCGAUGACGGUGAAAUUCAAAGUGGAAGAAGUUCCGAUUGUGUCGUUGUUUCAGAGACACAACAGUUCAAAAGUCCCCAAAAAACGAGACAACUCCGACGAAUCGAGUUCUGCUUCUUCAGAGGAGAAGAAAUUUUCAAAAGAGGCGAUGCAGAGGUAUCUGAGAAAAGUUAAGCCUCUAUACGUUCGCGUUUCGAAGCGAUACGGCGAGAAGUUGAAGUUCUCCGGUCAACUAAGCUUUCAAGGAGCUACCAAGCCGAACAUAGCACCGUCGCCGGCGACGGAGGAACAAAAACAGUCUCCGGCCGCGAAUCAUAAGAGAGAAAAGGAAUCAACUCCAGAAGUUUCCGAACCACCGCUGCUACCGAGUAACGCCAAAGGACUGAAACAAGGUAACUUGCCGGCUGGACUUCGUGUGGUUUGCAAGCAUUUAGGAAAGAGCCGGUCCGCCUCUACAGCGGUGGCCGCCUCUCCUCCGGGAACAAUAUCGGCAAACCGUCGUGACGAUUCGCUACUACAACAACAGGAUGGGAUCCAAAGCGCCAUUUUACACUGCAAAAGAUCAUUCAAAGCUUCAAGAGAUUCGGAUUGUUCGUCAAGAUCAUCAAGUUCGCCGGCGGCGCAGUAUGCAAAAUGCUUGAACAGUUGGUCAUCCGAUGAGACGGAGAAAGGUGAUGAUUAUGGUCAAAAAGCGGGAAUAUGAUGUGGAUUUUUAGGUUUUUGAUGUUGAUUGUGAUAGAAACGAGGAAGAAAUGAGUUCUCAAUAAUCGAUGGAGUAGGAAGGGAGGGCCGUAGUUAUGUAGUUAAAGUACUUUCCCCCAUACCAGAAGUAAAUUAGACAUUAAUGGGGUUCUGUAAAGUUUAUGCCUUAUUAU